UGCUACAGAAGAACCAGAGAAGGACGGAGCAAAGCCAUGAAAUUUCCAUGGAAAUGUCAGAGUGCUCAGAGGGGCUUAUGGAAUGUUUUUGAGCUGUGGGCCUGGACUGUGCUCUGUUGUGAUUUCUUCUCACAUCAUGGAACCGAUUGCUGGACUUACCAUUAUUCUAAAAGACCCAUGACCUGGGAAAAGGCUAGAAUGUUCUGCAGAAAAAAUUACACGGAUUUAGUUGCCAUACAAAACAAGAGGGAGAUUGAGUACCUGAACAAGACGCUUCCCUUCAGUCCUAAAUACUACUGGAUAGGAAUCCGGAAGGUAGGAGGGGCAUGGACCUGGGUAGGGACCAACAAAUCUCUCACCCAAGAAGCGGAGAACUGGGGUGAUGGGGAGCCCAACAACAAGAAGAGUAAAGAAGACUGUGUGGAGAUCUACAUCAAGAGGGAAAAAGACGCAGGGAAAUGGAAUGACGACGCCUGCCACAAAGCAAAGACAGCCCUCUGCUACACAGCUUCUUGUCGACCCUGGUCAUGCAGCGGCCACGGACAAUGUAUGGAAAUCAUCAAUAAUUACACCUGCAACUGUGAUUUGGGGUACUACGGGCCCCAGUGUCAGUUCGUGACUCAGUGUGAGCCUUUGGAGGCCCCAGAGCUGGGUACCAUGGCCUGUAUUCACCCUUUGGGAAACUUCAGCUUCACAUCACAGUGUGCCUUCAACUGCUUUGAGGGAACAGACAUAGUUGGGAUUGAAGAAACCACUUGUGGACCAUUUGGAAACUGGUCAUCUCCAAAGCCAACAUGUCAAGUGAUUCAUUGUGAGCCUCUAACAGCACCCGAUUUUGGAACCAUGGACUGUAAUCACCCCCUGGUCAACUUCAGCUUUACCUCCAUGUGUACCUUCAGCUGCUCAGAAGGAGCUGAGUUAAUUGGGGAAAAGAAAACUGUUUGUGGAUCAUCUGGAAAUUGGUCCAGCCCUAGUCCAAUAUGUCAAAAAGUGGACAGGAAUUUCUCAAUAGUCAAGGAGAGUGACUAUAACCCCCUCUUCAUUCCGGUGGCAGUCAUGGUUACCACAUUCUCUGGGUUGGCAUUUAUCAUUUGGCUGGCAAGGAGAUUAAAAAAAGGCAAAAAGUCUCGGAGAAGCAUGGAUGAGCCAUAUUAA